UUUUAAAUGGACUUCUGCAUCUUGAGAGUUGUGACAACUUUGCUGCAUGGCUAUUUUGAUGACAUUUUCCUCAUUCGUAGCUGCUGCUGGAGUUUGACAGCCCAGUGAAGAGUUGCUGGUUGCUAAACGACAGAAGCUACGGGGACUGAAUGAAGCAGUUUCUGUCUAAAUUGUGACUAAACCUGGAUUAACUUGAGCGAAACCGCCCUUAAAAGUCAGCCAUGUCUUCAAACCACCGGGCUGUCAGAGUCGCGCCGACGCACGGGAGCCGACUUUCAGAAGCUAACGAUGGGUUACUGUGUUGAAAGGGGCUGUUGCAGAUGUAACCGCCGAGCAGCUUCCCCCGGGCUUGCUUCUCUUCCUGUGUUUAUUCCCUCCUACGGCUGGGACACGUAGCUGUUAAACCAAACCGACCGACCGACGGCAGACAGACGCCGUUUCUUCAGCCAUGUCCAGGUCCAGUCGGCGGUACAAGCCUCUGCAGCAGAGCAACGGCGGCGGCUCUUUCCCUGGCUGUGACCGGGUGCGGAUGCCGCGGGCCCGGGUCCUGCUGCUGUGUCUGCUCGGUGUCCUGGUGCUGGCGGUGGUGCUGGGAGUCUACCUGUCCAACGACACCGCAGGGAGACACGUGAGCCGCUUGCCAGCCGCAGACCUGACCAGAGACAGGCUGUCCCACAAACCCAGUAAGUGCUCUCCAGCCCAAAUCCACCGUCUGGCCUCUCAGGUGGAUGGUACUCGGCUGUGGGAGACUCACCUGCGGCCCAUCCUAAUAGAGAGGCUCCCGGGGACACAAGGCAGCCUGGCUGUACAGCAGCACAUCACCUCCACCCUGUCCUCGCUGUCUGCCGGCUGGUCCAUAGACCUGGACUCCUUCCAGUCUCCAACCCCUCGUGGUCAGGUCACCUUCACCAAUGUCGUAGCCACUGUGGACCCCUCUGCCCCUCGGAGGCUGCUCCUGGCCUGCCACUAUGAUUCCAAGGUCCUGCCUCCAGACCCCCGGGCUCCAGAGAAGGUGUUUCUGGGGGCCAGUGACUCAGCAGUGCCCUGCGCUAUGAUCUUGGAGCUCGCCACCUCUAUGGAUGCCCAGCUUAGGACGUUUAAACAGCAGAGACUCCCGGUGUCUCUUCAGCUCGUGUUUUUCGACGGCGAGGAGUCGUUUGAAGAGUGGACCGCUACAGACUCGCUGUACGGCUCUCGACACCUGGCCGAGCGCAUGGCGAACACGCCUCACCCUGCAGCCUCCUCUCACGCCACCAUGCUCCAGGCUGUGGACCUCUUUGUGCUGCUCGACCUGCUCGGUGGUCCAGAUCCACUGAUUGCGAAUCACUUUGAUAAUACAGCACGCUGGUUUGACCGGCUGAUUGCUGCAGAGAAGAGGCUCCAUCGACAGGGUCUGCUGACGUCGCACCCCUCAGAGCAGACCUACUUUAGGAAGGAUGUGUACUUCGGCCCAGUGCAGGACGACCACAUCCCCUUCCUUCACAAAGGCGUCCCUGUGCUGCAUGUCAUCGCCACUCCCUUCCCACAGUUCUGGCAUACACUGGACGACACAGAGGAGAACAUGCACCGACCGACUGUAGAGAACCUGACUAAGAUCAUGGCUGUGUUUCUGGCAGAAUACCUGGGCUUCUGAACAAUACAGCACAAAUAACUGUGCUGAAGGUCUUAUGACAAAUAACCAGGUACCCAAGAGAAGACUCUGGUGGAAUGAACUAAACUGGACUGGAAUACCAGGUGAACUUUACCAAAAACUCAUCCCUGCUGGUCUGCCUUUGUUUUCAUGUGAUGGAGGAGUUGGAUAGCCUGUUGAAAUGACAUAUGAAGUGGACUCUCAGUUAAGAUGUAGGUACGAGCUAAUGUGGAUUGUACCCAAGGAGCAGCUAGUAAAUGUGUCUGUAACUUGAGCAGCACUCUAAAUUAAUAUUUUUGCUUUGUUCCUGUGAAAAAGAAAAGCCUUAUUAGCCUUAUCAAUAAUUUACCCUGUUAAUAUGAUGGCAAUGCACUUUGUCUUAAAGACAGACUUAUAAUCAGCUGAGCUGCUGUAAACACUGGUCAGACAGUGAUGAUGGUGAAUGACAGCUAGUUCAUAUCUGUGAAUUAUUUCUCCUCAUACCUUCACAUCAGUGGAGAUCCUCUUGGCCUCAGCUCUUAGCAAGCGCUAGCUACAUAAACUAACAUCAUAAUGAUGUUAAGUCAAAGCCAACAGAUGUUCAUUUCACACCACGUUAAACAUGUAAUGAAGUCUGUCAUGAAGUUAAAAUUAUUUUAUUUAGGUUCUCGUGACAUUUGUGGGGGAAGUUAUAAACACUGAAAUAUGCUGUUUCCUGAUAAAUCCUGUAGCUUCUGCACACAUAACACUUGGGAACAUUUUACCAGCAUUGUCUUGUCUCAUCUUCCCUUUAACAAGCUGAAAAACCUGAUUGUUUUAAAUGUUUUGGUGCCGUGUGUGAAUAACAGUGUGGAGAUCCACCGCAGGGCGUAACGGCACAUCUGUGAAUGGAUAUGUUGAAUUUAAUGCAGCCAUAUGAUGCUUACUUUUAAUGUCUGUCUUGUACGGUGUUCUGUGUAUGUUUAAGUCAUGGUAUGGUGUCUGCUAAGUCAUGUUUUGGUUAUAAACAUGAGAAAAGAGACUUUACAUUAAAGGAGGAGUAAAAUGAUGCAUCCA